UAGUCCACGAAACAAAACCAAAAAAAGCUGACAUUAUUAAAAUGACCCCGGUCAAAAGUUUGGGAACCCUUGUUCCUGCUUCAUCUUAUACUGUAACCUAGAAGCUCGCUUUUGUCAUGGUUACAUCCUUCCACUGUUCUUCUCGAGCAUCUCUUUAAGCCAGAGGAAAUUCGCGCCCAAAUUUGUAAUCUAACUUUUGUGAUCACUGAAGUGUUUUGGAAACCCGCCGAUACAGACCCAUGUACACAUAUAAAACCUCCUCCCUCAUUCCCAAGGGUUUAAACCCCCUCAAUUCUCAGCAGCUGACAUGCAUGUCAAAACUCCCUAACCAAUCUUUGCCCUGCAAGGGCGGGUAAUACCAAAACGCGAGUAUGUAUCUAUGCAUCUAUGGAUAUAUCAUUGUGGAAGCGCACGGCUGGUAGGCAAACCGCUGAGGAAACGCUGGCUGAGCGCAGCAAGAACGCGCCAUUGGACGCUUAACCAUGGGUGACCCAUUCAACAGCACCAGGGCGUUUAACCGAACCCCUCAGGGUCAUGUCACAUUUGGCAAUCUAGAGGACAUAGACGUGACCGCGGACAGGAGCCCGGUCCUCAGGAUCCUGAUCUCGGCGGUGUACGUUCUCGUGUGCGCAAUAGGCUUAGUUGGGAAUUCGCUCGUCCUUUUCAUCAUGAGAGCGAAACACUGCGGACCGAGCACCACCAUCAACGUGUUCAUCGUUAAUUUAGCUGUCACAGACCUCCAGUUCGUCCUGACUUUUCCGUUUUGGGCGGUGGAUACCGCUUUGGACUUCAGCUGGCCGUUUGGAGACGCCAUGUGCAAGAUCAUACUGUCGGUCACUGUGAUGAACAUGUACGCCAGCGUCUUCUUCCUCACUGCCAUGAGCAUCACUCGAUACUGCUCCGUGGCUGCAGUCGCGAAGAACAGGGUCCGACCCCCGACGUCCUGCUCGGUCAGAUGGGUUUGCGCGUCUCUGUGGGUCUUCGCUACCGUCGCCACCGCGCCGACCUCUAUUUUCUCCACCGUGACCAACGUGGCCGGAGAGAAGCUCUGCUUGCUGAAGUUUCCCGCCGGACAUUACUGGCUAGCCUUUUAUCACUUGCAGAAGAUCCUGGUGGCUUUCGUUUUGCCCAUGUUGAUCCUUUCCGCGUCCUAUAUGCUGCUUCUGAGAUUUGUGAGAAAGCGAAAUCUGAAUAGCGGUCGUUCAAAGCGCAGCAUCCGAGUCACCAGAUCUGUCACGGUUGUGGUUCUUUCGUUCUUUCUUUGCUGGAUGCCGAACCACGCAAUUACGUUUUGGGGUGUUCUGGUGAAGUUGAACGUGGUUUACUGGGAUGAGGCGUAUUACAUUGUCCACACUUACGCGUUUCCCGUGACUGUUUGCUUAGCUCACACCAAUAGUUGCUUAAAUCCGUUUAUAUAUUGUCUCACGAGAAGGGCUUUAAGAAAAAAACUGAAAAAUUGCUUGUCGGAUAUUGCCCCUUGUUUAUUAAAGAGGCCUUUAUGGAAGUCUGGAAGGCGCGCAUGAACCAGUGCAACGUUAUUUAAAUGAGAAAUAUAAAUAAUAAUUCACAGGCAAAAUAUGUAUAUAAAAUAUGUACUUUUCUCUCUUUUGGAGACUUAUUUAUUAUAAAACUAUGUAUUAUUAGUAAUAGUAGUAUUAUGCACCGAUAAUUAUUCUUGGGGCUUAUUGGCUGCAUUAAAGAACCAAUGAAUGUUUAAGCUGAAAAUUAUAUUUGUCAUUAUCUUUCUGCAAUUUAAACAAUGUCAUAUUUUGUUAAACUGAACAAUGAAUCAAAUGUACGCAUGUGUGAAAAUGACUUAAAAACAACCGUGAGCACUAAAAUAUUGUAAAACAGAAGCAUAUGUCCAGCUGUGUAUAAGGUUUACAUAAUAUAAAUAA